UGCUACGGGCUGCGGCGCGGGGAGACGCGCCGGGAGCGUAGGCGAGGAGCGCGGCCGCCGCCGCAAGAUGUCUCACUUUACAAGUGAAGAUGAAGCUCUGUUACAGUCUAUGCUUAGACAAUUGCUGCAGAACGUGAAGGAAAAAAUCACAGGAGCCCCAUCAGUAGAAUGUGCUGAAGAGAUCCUCUUGCAUUUGGAGGAGACUGAUGAAAAUUUUCACAACUAUGAAUUUGUGAAAUACCUUAGACAAUAUAUAAAUAAUACUCUAGGAUCUGUGAUUGAGGAAGAAACAGAAAAAUGUACUUCUGCUCAAAAUCAGGGUGAAGUAUCUGGCUAUGACACUGUUGUCCAGCGUGUUACCAAGAAGACUCGUGAAUCAAAGGAGUACAGAGAAAUGAUGCUUGCCUUGAAGAAUGUCAUGAUGGUUGUGGUGGAAUCUUUGAUUAACAAAUUUGAAGAAGAUCGGAUGCAUAAUAAGGAACUGGAUAGUAAAACUAAGAAGGAAUGUCAAAGUGGUUAUUACACGGACAACUACUCUGACAGUGAUUCCUCAUUCAACCAAAGUUACACGUUCAUGAAUCAAGAACAAUUGCAGCUGCUUGCAGAAAGGCUUGACCCUAUUCAGCCGAAGGAAGUGCGCCAAGAAGCAUUGCAGACACUGUGCUCUGCCCCUCCCUCUGAUAUACUGAACUCUGAGAGUUGGCCCAAUCUGCGUAAGCAUCUAACGGAGUCUCUGUCAGAUCCUGAUGCAACUUUCAGUGAGAAAAUUUUGAGAUUCUAUGCAAAAACCUUUUCUUCUUCUCCAUUUAAUAUGACAAGAGAAGUAUAUACAAGUUUAGCAAAGCACUUGGAGUUGUAUUUUCUUUCUGGAGAAUAUCAUCUUCCUAUUUCUGCUGGUCUGGAUGUAUCUAAUACAGAUAUAAAUCGUUUACUAAAGAAGGUGCGCCUUUUAAAUGAGUACCAAAAGGAAGCUCCAUCUUUCUGGAUUCGUCAUCCUGAAAAAUACAUGGAAGAAAUAGUGGAGUGUACCUUGUCACUGUUGUCAGUAAAGCGUGAGCCUAGUCAUCUUGCCUCUCCAGAAUUUUUGAGCCCAGUCUAUUUUUUGGCUCUGCUAGAUAUCAAGGCUGUUUGGUUCAAAAAAUGGACGCAUGCAUAUUACAGCAGAACAGUGGUCCUUAGACUUUUGGAAAAGAAGUAUAAAUCUUUGAUUAAUGCAGCUGUCCAACAGUGUCUUGACUACUUUGAGUUUUGCAAGUCAUCAGCUGACAGAACUUCUAGAGUCAGCAUUUUUUCCCAGCAGCGCUGUAGUGAGAAGCAGAAGUUUUCUUAUACUGGACCAGAGUUGCAGUACAUCUAUUUUGUGCAUUCACUGUGCCUUUUAGGAAGAUUGUUGAUCUAUAAGCAAGGUCGAAGUCUUUUUCCAGUACAGAUGAAAAACAGAAAAGAUCGUGUAUCACUAACAGAUCUGUUGGUAUUAUUUACUCAGCUUAUUUAUUAUUCUCCAAGUUACCCAAAGACAACUUUGACAGUGCAUACAGACAAUUAUUCUCCAGCAAGUCUUGUUACAGAGAUUCUGCAAGUUUUUUGUGACCAGACGGGAUGUGCUGCUGAAUGUUUAUAUACUGAUGCAGUGGUAGAUGCCCUUCUUCAUCCUAUUCAAAAUUUACUGAGUGGCACAGAGAUGUAUGUAAAUUGUCUUGAAACGACUUUAAUUCACGCAGCAGAUAUUUUGGCAAGGAUUGCUGCUGUAGAAGAUGGUCUUUCUGUUCUUCUUUAUGGAGGAAAUGAAAACUCAGCCAAAGAUAGUCCUACAGCUGUUCAUGUAAUUGUUGAGUUUACAAAGAAACUUCUUCAUGACGACAUUUCUCUUUUAUCUGGAUCCGAGCUUUUGCCAGUUGUUAAAGGAGCUUUCAUUUUUGUAUGUCGUCAGAUGUACAGAACCUGUGAAGGCCUGCAGGUGCUUAUUCCUUAUGGUUUGCAUGAAUCUAUUGCAGAAGCUUGGAAAAAGGCAAGUUUGCUUUCAGAAAGAAUUCCCACUCCUGUGACUGGUGCAAGCUCCCCUUCGCCAAUAAGUCAAGAAUCAAAAAAUGUCUCAUUAUCAGAAGAGACUUUGUUAGAUGCCUUACUAAAUUUUUCUGCCACGCCAAAAGGACUAUUUCUGCUUCAUAGUACAGGGGCCAUGAAUGACUGUGUGACUUUUAUGUUCAACAGUUUAUCAAAGAAAAAGCAGACAAGUGAAAAUGAAGAAUCUGGUAAUCAAGUGAUUGUUACACAAAUGGCAACAACACCAACAGGUGCUGUAGCUCUACAGAGUUCAGGCUUUAUAAAAGCACUUGUAACUGAACUAUGGGCUCUUCUGGAAUGUGGAAAAGAUGAUGCAAGGAUGACUCAACCCAGAUCUACUCCAGUCGAUCCUAUUGACCAAAGCUGUCAGAAGUCUUUUCUGUCUCUGAUAAACUUGCUCACCUAUCCUGCAGUUUUUGAACUCCUCAGUAAACAAGAUAUGCCAAAUAGACCACUGUAUUCACUCCGUGAAAUUCCUACAGAUAUAAUUGAUAUCAUUGACAGGCUUAUAAUUUUGAAUUCAGAAGCUAAAAUUCACUCCUUAUUCAAUUAUGAACAAUCACAUGUAUUUGGUUUGAGGUUAUUAAACGUGCUAUGCUGUGAGCUUAAUACCCUGUUACUUUUAGAGACUCAGUAUAAAGUGUCACAAGUUUUACUAACUGCUCAGGAGGAAAAUAUCAUAGAAACGUCUGAAGGACCAGGAGAUUUUAUAAUUGAUGGUCUGUCAAUCGAGAGAAACCAUAUUCUUGUUAGGAUAAAUCUUAUUGGAGGACCACAGGAGAGAAUUUUGCCUUUAAGAGUGCUAGAUAAGGGCAGUGAUCCAUAUCCUUGGCCAAUGUUUUCGUCGUUCCCUUUGCCAAAGUGUUAUCUUUCGAAAAUUCCUAGGAAAGCUGAUUUCAGACAAGAUAAUGAUUUGGAUAAGCUCCUAUCACUUUUAAAAAAUCCAGAUAAACGAAGUGAUUGGGCAGAAAACUGUAGAAAACAGUUCUGUAAAGUCAUGAAAGCCAAACCUGAUAUCAUCACUGGAACGAUUUUGGCAGAAUUAAUUGAAAAGUUUGUGUCACAUCUUUCUGAAAGCCCAUCGGAUUGUUAUUUCAGCACUGCAGACUAUAAAGCUACUGAUGCAAAUGUGAAGAAUGAAAGCCUUUCAUCUGUGCAACAACUUGGUGUUGAAAUGACAGUCAGAUAUGGGAAAUACUUAAACUUACUAAAAGAACAUGCAGAAAACGAGCUGUCUUUAGUGUUAAUGAAUUGUGAGAAAUUUCUGAAACAACAGCAAACAACUGUAGUAUCCUCACUCUGUUGCUUGCAGGGAGCUUAUGCUGGCUACGAUUGGUUUGCAUCUUCUGUGUUUCUGAUAAUGUCAGGAGACAGGGAGAAGACAUUAACGUUUCUUCAGCGAUUUUCACGUCUUCUCAUUUCAGCAUUUCUCUGGCUACCAAGACUGCAUAUAUCUAUGCACCUGCCUAUUACCACAGUGGAAUCUGGCAUCCAUCCAGUCUAUUUUUGCAGUGCUCAUUACAUUGAGAUGUUGCUGAAAGCUGAGUUGCCACUUGUCUUUUCAGCCUUCCACAUGUCUGGUUUCACUCCAUCCCAGAUCUGUUUACAAUGGAUAACUCAGUGCUUCUGGAAUUACAUGGACUGGAGUGAGAUCUGUCAUUACAUUGCUACGUGUAUUUUCCUUGGUCCUGAUUAUCAGAUAUAUAUGUGUGUAGCUGUAUUCAGACACCUACAGCAAGACAUUCUGAAGCACACAGAAGCCCAAGACCUUCAAGUUUUUCUCAAAGAAGAAGCCCUCCAUGGAUUUCGAGUGCGUGAUUAUUUAGAAUAUAUGGAAAGCUUAGAGCCAAUCUACAGGCCAGUGCUGCUGAAAGACAUGAGGAAUAUAAGAGUGCAGAACGUAUAGAUAAAGCAAAUGUGCAUGUUAUUUUCCAGUUUUGGUUACGUUCUUUAAAAGGAUGUUGAUUGUUUGAUCUAUCAGUCUCCAUAAAAAUAAGUCAGGCUGUGUAUAUGUAUGUACUGUAAAAUAAAUAAGGAGGGUUUUCAGAAUAUAGUUUUUGCUAGCAGACUUCAUCUAAAUUGGAUGACCUGAAAUAGCAUAUUUUUCCAGAUAGUCUAUGUGCACAGCCUUGUUUUUGUUUUGCAGAAGAUAGCUUCAGAACCUGCUUGUAGAUUGCUGAAGUGUAUUGUUUGUAAUGCCUGGGACCUGCUUCCAAAGCACUGCAUUAUUUUCAUCUCUCUGGACUGUAUUCUUUCUUCAUGUUUUGCAAGGAUCUAAUGAAGUGGAUUUCUUAGAAGCAACUCUAAAUUUGUGCAUGAAAAGCGAACAAAAGCAAAAGAGAUACCCUGUGCAGCUGUUCUGACUUUAUGGGUAAAGUUGAGAAAGUGAGGUGACCAAAUAUAGGCAAUGAAAAUGCCCUUUUUUUUCUAAUAAACAAUUUUGUUGUAAACAGGUGUUUGUAACAUACACUCUCAGUAUGUGGAAGUGAAAUACAAGGCCCUAAGCAGCCUGAUCUAACAGGACCUGCUUUGAGCAGGAGGUUAGACUAAAAGACCUCUGGAGGUCCUUUCCAUCCUAUACAAUUCUCUGAUUGGAAAAUAACGAAAGCUAUUACUGUUCCAUGCUUUUUAGUUAUCCAUGCUUGAUUAAAGUUAAGAUAGUUAUUAGCACCUUUAGUUUGCUGUGCAAACCUACUCAGAGGAGCUUGUGUUCAUAGUUUGCCUGAGCUUUAUCUCCUGUUUUUCCUUCUGUGUUCUGCACUAGCACAUUUGAAAGACUAAGUUGGGGGAAGGGGUUCUCUUAACACUCUGAGGCAAGAUUGGGCUCUAAACAAAAUUUGUCUUUCACUCUAUGUGUUUAUAUGGGAUGCAUCCUGGGUAGUAGGCUUUCCCUCAUCAAGGUAACUGCAAAAAAAAAUUCUGUACUUUUAACUGCUCUAGCAGCACUCAUGUUGCCUGGCAGUGCAAGUAUGUGCACAUUCAUUUGCAUAUAGAGAAGAUAAGUAAAAAUUGAUAUUUAAGUUAACGGAUAAAGAAAAAUAUUA